CUCUGCCUCUCCACGGAGCCUCUUUCCUCUGCCCAGAGCUCUCCGGACCCCACACUCCGGCUGCUCCUCUGCCCGCUGCGUCGCCGCCCGCAGCCCCCGGCUCCCUGCGCUCGGGACUGCUCUGUCUUCCACCCAACGCUUUCUCCGGAGGGUGCAGAGGGGACCAUGCCCUCUCCACCGUCUCUUCUCCUCCUCCUCUUCCUCCUGCUGCUGCCGGGGCCGGGGGCUGUGGGGAUGCGAGGCAGAGCUGGGCAGCCCGGGGCAAGCAGCAAUCACCUUGGCCAGGGUGCAGACGGAGGUGGGACCGUGCCUUGGAUUUCCCGGGAUAUUCCAGCGGUGCAGGAGAUGAAGGAGAGGCAGCGGCGGGGGGCAGAGGAGGACUCCAAGUCGGUGCAGCAGUACGUGCCGGGGGUGAGGAUGGAAUUCCCUCGGCCCCUCAACUCCGUCAGUCUGCACCCAACCAAAGCCCUGCUGCCCUCCAGCACGGAUCCAUCCCAGCAGCAACAAGGGGUCCCCACGGAUGGUGAGGGGGUAGCACCCCGAGCCAAUCUCACUACUGUGUCUGACAAACGCUUGCAGAUCCAGAACCCCCUGUACCCGGUGACAGAGAAUUCCUAUAGCGCCUAUGCUGUGAUGCUCCUGUCCCUCAUUGUCUUCGCCGUGGGAAUCAUUGGAAACCUCUCUGUGAUGUGCAUCGUGUGGCACAACUACUACAUGAAGAGUGCCUGGAACUCUAUCCUGGCCAGCCUGGCUUUCUGGGACUUCCUUAUCCUCUUUUUCUGCCUGCCUGUGGUAAUCUUCAACGAGAUCACCAAGAUGAGGCUGCUAGGGGACCUGUCCUGUCGCAUUGUGCCCUUCAUGGAGGUGUCCUCGCUGGGAGUCACCACCUUCAGCCUCUGUGCCCUGGGCAUUGACAGGUUCCACGCAGCCACCAGUCCCCAGAGCAGUGCCCGUCCCAUAGAGCAGUGCCAGUCCAUCAUUGCCAAGCUGGCUGUCAUCUGGGUGGGCUCCAUGACCCUCUCGGUGCCGGAGAUCCUGCUCUGGCAGCUGGCGCAGGACACGUCCCCCGUAUCUGGCACGGUGACAGAGUAUUGCAUCAUGAAGCCCUCGUCCAACCUGCCUGAGUCCAUCUACUCCCUGGUGCUCACCUACCAAAACGCUCGGAUGUGGUGGUAUUUUGGUUGCUACUUCUGCUUGCCCAUCCUCUUCACUGUCACCUGCCAGCUGGUGACCCGCAGGAUCAGCGGUACCGAGAAGAAGCCCGAGAGCCGAGGGACCAAGCAGAGCCAGGCUGAGAGUCACUUAAACUGCACCAUCAUUGGGCUGAGCAUCAUCUACGGGCUUUGCACCACCCCCGAGAACGUCUGCAACAUUGUGGUGGCCUACAUGUCCCCGGAGAUGUCCAAGCAGACCUUGGACCUGCUCCAUCUCAUCAACCAGUUCUUCCUGUUCUUCAAGUGCUCGGUCACCCCUGUGCUGCUCCUCUGCCUCUGCAGACCCCUGGGCCAGGCAUUCAUGGACUGCUGCUGCUGCUGCUGUGAGGGCUGCAGCCCUGACACUGCCUCCAGUGAGGGCAGUGCUGACAGCAAGCUCAAAACAGAGAUGUCCUCCUCCAUCUUCUUCAACAAGCCCCGGGAGUCCCCCCCGCCCCUAAUGGCCCUGGGCACCCCUUGCUAAGUGCCAGCAGGGAGCUGUAGAGAUCAAUCCACCACCUCCUCCCAAGACCAAAUGUUGUUUUGCCAUUAGUGCCCAUGUCUGGAUGUGGAGCAAGCAGAAGAGACAGCUCAGGGGUUUGCACCGUGGCCUUCAAACCCCACAUUGGGAGAGCUGGGCUUGAAACCCAAGUCCCUGGGGCUCCCCUGGCAGCCUUCUCACCUCCCCAGCAAGGCCAUCAGCACCCUCCCAUCCUGGCUGCCUGGCCAAAUUCAGAGGGGUUGCUGCUCUGGAGAUGGAGUUGUGCCAGAAAGGUCCCAUAUGAACCUCCAGAGGGUCGCAGAGCUCAUAGCAAACAAACUGCCCUUGUCCUGACUCAUCCCCUCCUGCCAACCCCUUCCUCAGUAGAAGGUUCCUGUGACUCUGUCCCCUUGGAUCCAAGCAGUGCCCUUUACCAGCUCAAUAAACCAUAACCUAGAGCACCUGGUGCAUGCAGGUGUCCAGCACC